UGUGGUAUUAAAUGUGUAGGCAGGCUGUUCCAACAAGUAAAGCUUGGAUUGCCUCUGUUUCUUUUGCAGGGCUUGACAAACAAUGAAUGUUCAAAUCACAGUUUCGGCAGCCUGGGAUCCUUAAGUGACAAGGAGUCUGAGGGCUCAGAUGUGAAGAGAGGGAGCUCUCCGGCAUAUUCAACCCCUGAGAAGAAGCACUCGGAGUCGUCCCGAGGGAGGAAGAGGAAGGCCGAGCACCAAUCGGAGAGCAGCCAAGGGAAGACCACUGUACGAGGACCCAAGAUCAGUGACUACUUUGAUGUAAGUAGAAAGAAUGCGUCUUCCUUCCUCUCUCUCUUUCCUCCAGUGCUGCGCUCCCCACAGAACUCACAUUCCCACUCGGCCCCCAGCUCCAUGAUACGGCAGAACAGCUCCUCGCCCACGAGCCUGUCCUUCGACCACGUCAUGCACCCCAAACAGCUGGCUGUCAAGUCUGUUCAGACUGAUCUUACAGGGCUGAAGCUGGCUGCCCUGGAGAGUAAUAAGAGUCUGGACUUGGAGAAGAAGGAGGGCCGCAUUGACGACCUUCUGAGGGCUAACUGUGAUCUCAGGAGACAGAUAGACGAACAACAGAAACUACUUGAAAAGUACAAGGAGCGCUUAAAUAAGUGCAUCACUAUGAGCAAGAAGCUACUUAUAGAGAAGAGCACCACGGAGAAGCAGGCGUGCCGGGAGAAGAGCAUGCAGGACCGCCUCCGCCUGGGCCAGUUCACCACCGUCAGACACGGGGCGUCCUACACAGAGCAGUGGAGCGACGGCUACGCCUUCCAGAAACUCGUCAAACAGCAGGAGUGGAUCAACCAGCAGAGGGAGGACAUUGAGCGACAGCGGAAGCUCCUUGCUAAGAGGAAGCCCCCAACAAGCAGCAACUCCCAGAGCCCCACACCCAACUCAGAGCCAAAGCAGCGCAAGACCAAGACUGUCAACGGGGCCGACAACGACCCCUUCCUCAAGCCCAGCCUCCCCCAGCUUCUGACGAUAGCAGAGUACCAUGAACAGGAGGAGAUCUUCAAGCUGAGACUUGGUCAUCUAAAAAAGGAGGAGGCUGAGAUCCAGGCGGAGCUGGAGCGUCUGGAGAGAGUGAGAAACCUUCACAUCCGAGAGCUAAAGAGAAUCAACAACGAGGACAGCUCACAGUUCAAAGAUCACCCGACUCUGAACGAGCGAUACCUGCUGUUGCAUCUGCUGGGAAGAGGAGGUUUCAGUGAAGUUUACAAGGCCUUUGACCUGUUUGAACAACGCUACGCCGCUGUGAAAAUCCAUCAACUCAACAAGAACUGGAGAGAGGAGAAGAAGGAGAAUUACCACAAGUGUGUUUGUAUUUUACCCCCUGCUUGCUGUUGGCUGAUUUUGAACACAGACACAGACACAAAUCUUAGUAACUGCAUGGAUGUGGUGUUUAUCGAUGUGUUCAUUUGUGUCUAUAGGUUUUGUACAGUUUUGGAAUACUGUGAAGGCAAUGACUUGGACUUCUACUUGAAGCAGCACAAGCUGAUGUCUGAGAAGGAGGCUCGCUCCAUCGUCAUGCAGAUAGUCAAUGCACUGCGCUACUUGAACGAGAUCAAGCCACCCAUCAUUCACUACGACCUCAAGCCAGGUAAUAUUCUGCUGGUGGACGGCACGGCGUGCGGCGAGAUCAAGAUCACGGACUUUGGCCUGUCCAAGAUCAUGGAUGACGACAACUACGGGGUGGACGGCAUGGACCUGACCUCUCAGGGAGCCGGUACUUACUGGUACUUGCCCCCUGAGUGUUUUGUGGUGGGGAAGGAGCCUCCUAAGAUCUCCAACAAAGUGGAUGUCUGGUCUGUGGGGGUCAUCUUUUUCCAGUGCCUCUAUGGGAGAAAGCCGUUUGGGCACAACCAGUCCCAGCAGGACAUCCUCCAGGAGAACACCAUCCUCAAAGCCACAGAGGUGCAGUUCCCCGUCAAGCCGGUAGCCAGCAACGAGGCCAAGGCUUUUAUCCGGCGCUGUCUGGCCUAUAAGAAGGAGGACCGCUUCGACGUCCAGCAGCUGGGCAGUGACGCGUACCUGCUGCCCCACAUGAGGCGCUCCAGUUCGUCGGGCAACCUGCAGCUCGGCGGUCCUUCCUCCUCCAGCCCCGCCUCCACCAGCAUCAUCUCCUACUGAGGGCCUGCACUGACUCCUCCCAUCACUAUGCUACAGGCACACCCCCUCGGCUGAAGGCCACACACCCCCCCACGCAAAACAAAAAAGCUUAAGUGUGAGAGAGAUGGACAGAAUAAAAGACACUGAGAAAGAGAAGAGAAGGGGGGAUGGGUUUGGAAGAGGAGGAGGAAAAGAGGGGGCAAAAAAAGCAGCACCAGUAUCCAGAGCCCUGAUGGGCCACAGUGAAGUGAAGUCCUCUCAAAAAGACUUCUUUUGGGGAAGGAAGGAGGGAAUUUGGAGAGCUGGAGAUGUUGGCUUGGACUGCGCCCAGGCUUGUUGAGAUGUGAGGGUGUUUCCUAGAGGAGAGAACCAGUAGUUUUAAGAUAGGAGAGAGACAAGUAAUAAAUGAACCUGGAUGGAUUGGAAAAUGGUUAGAGAAGAAUGUAGAAGAUGAUGAUGAAGAUUUGGCAAGACUGAAGAGAGCCCAAGAGAGACACUGAGUGGAAGAGUGAACAUGGCCUUUUUUUUUUUUUUUUUUUUUUUUUUUUUUUUUUUUUUUUUUCCAAUGAAGAUUCUGGUAGAGCACUGCUAACCUGUUUAGCUUAUCAAGUGACUAAUGAAGUUGUCCUGAUUUGCUUAAUGGCAGUGGAGACCAAGCCCUGUGUCUGGCCCCGUGUUACUGUAGGUGCCACCAGGGGGCGCCAGCAGGCACCAUCUCUGAAACACACCUGCAUGGCCCCUUGCUUUGGAACGGAGUCGGGUUUGGCAUGGUACCGGUGUUCUGUUGGACUGCCACUGUAAGAGUUCUAGGACUGAACCAUCUGCUCCCAACCAGGACUAGAACCGGCCCAAAGGUUUGGGGCUGCCUGGGAAGAUGUCUCAACAAAUAAUGAAAUAACGUUGCUUAGAUGCUUGGUAGGUCUAAAGCACAGGGGUGAUCGCUUUUCUGUUUCAAAGUUUCUUUUAAAAAAAAAAAAAAAAAAAGAAAAAACCAGAUAUGCGAGGGUAUAGCUCCAUCAUCCUUUUUUGUUCUUUGAUGAGCAGGUUAGUCACAAGAAUGUAAUUUUAGUGUAUCCAUCAAUGAGAUUUAGUGUUCCCAGACCCCCAAGGCUACAUACUAAUGUUGAAUGCACAAAAAUAACCAAAUCUAGACAUGCCGCUAUGUACAGAAUCCUAUGCAGGAAGAAUAAACUCACACAGAAAAUAAAAUAAAGUUCUUGUAGAGAUGUACCUGUAUAUUUGCUGUACAGAAUCGUAAUUUCAAAUAUCAAAUAAAAAAAAAAAACAUUUCAUUCUGUACAAAGGUUUAUCUUUUGUUUCCUUAACUUCUUUUUUUUCCUUGUAAAUUUGUUUUUUCUUUUUCUUUUUGUUUUAUUUUGCUCCUGGAGUGUUUUUUGGCUGCUUUGGAUGUUGCUCUUUUUAAGGAAAAAAAAGGCUGUAUGAUCUUUGGGUACAAAUUGUACAGUUCUGUCAAAAGAACUAAUGACAAUAAAUGCCAGGAAAUAACUUCA